CGGCUCGCAUGAGGGGACGAGACAGCAGCAACCUCACCUCACCUGCCUGCUCGCCCCUCUCUCCAUCACAGGCGUUCUGCUCUGAACUGGACCAGAAUACCAUCCCUCAGCUGAAUGAACCAAUCCAGUUUUCUGGCUCUUUUCAAGGAUUUUUGAGGAAAAAGAAACAUGCCAUUAUGGAUUACUCAAGUCCUUCCCAAACAAAAGGACACAGCACACUUGGGAGGAAGAAGAGAGAGAAGGAGGGAUGACACGCCUCUCCCUCAUACCUGACUUUGUUUCUUGGAGAGUUCUUUGAAAGGUGCUUUUUCACGCCCCACAUGUGGUGCUGAUGUUUGAUGGUGUCUAGUUGAGUCUGAGGAAUACUUUUGAGACUGUUGCAUUAUUUUUUUUCCUUCUAGUUCUCCUGAAAUCUUUCUAUUGAACUCUUUGCUAGCUUUCCUGAUCAACUGUGUGAGGUUGUUUCAGGUGAAAUACGCCAGUUUUCUGCGCUUGGAUGAGUGUGUGUGGUAACAUUUGACCCGUGUGUGUGUGGGGGGGUGUACGAGGGCGACGCCUGUUAGCGUCUCGGGGCGCGCGGAGUCUGUCUGGCACGUUACUGCAGCAUGAAUGACUAGCCUGCAAUCUCAAACAGCAGGGUGCGUGAAACAACACGAGUGCUUUCACAGUGUAAUGAGGUUAAAGCUUUCCGCUGUCGUGAAGCGUGUUCCAAUCAGAAACCGGAUGGUUUGCGAGACGACUUUCGGAUAGAGAGUGGAUAAAUAAGUCUGACAACAUGAAUAGUAGUUGCACAAUGACUUUUAUAAACACUUUAGCAGAAAUGAAUGUUCUGAGACUGAGUUUUUUCCUUCUCAGAAACAAAGAGUAAAGUGAUGAAGGAGGGAAAUCUAAACAAAGAAAACUAUCAAAUUAACGAACUUGCUACAAACAAGUUGCACAUCUGUUUCUUCCGAAUGGUAAAGAGUGCUGCCUCAGUUUCGAGUCUGCGAUUAGAUCAAGAUUUAUAUGCACCUUAGGACAGCGCGGUUUUCUAAUGUCCCACCUCUGCAGCAAAAUGUGCCAGCAGAACGCCGGAGCAUUUGUUAAACCGAACGUCUGAUAAUUACAUUUCGCAAACCACUGAGCACCAAAGGCACCCAACUGCUAUCUUAUUAAAAAAGAUAUUGAUUUCUACGUGACAGAGAGCCAGUGUUCACUAUUAAGGGCUUGUGUCAUUUAAUUGAAUUUUCUUUCAUUGAUCUGAAUAAUGCUAGAUUUUCACUGUUGAGGAUUUGGGUUAAGAUUGACUGUUAAGUACGGCGCUUUAUUUUUCAUAAUCAGAUAGAAAUGCUUAACAGUCCUUUUUUUUGGAAACAACCUCAAUUUAUGUGAAGCUGCUCCUUCAAAUGCUGUUGAUUUACAUUUGUGUGCUUGUACGCCUGUUUCUGGUCGUGUUUGUGGCGUGUGUGUUUGUUAAGUGUCUAUGGCGGUUGUGUGUACAGAUGGGCAGCCAGUCGAGCGAGCGAAGUUGGCUGUUGUUCGCACCUAAGCAGAACUGUUAAAGCAUGUUUAUGUAGGAGUGCGUAGGAUUGGAUUUUCCUCAAGCACACUGACUCUCUCACCUCACGCUUUUAUGUGCAACCAAUUUUUACCAAUUCACCCAGCUUGCAACAUGCAUUUUUGUUCAACCGAAUGCGACUCUCACUACACAGUGCAGAGUCUUUGAGAGACUGAUGAGAAACACCUACAUGAAUGCGGAAGUUCGAACAGGGAGAUACAAGAAAAAGCUGCUGUGAAAGUGGAACAGGUGGAGGGACAGAAGAAAAAGCACAAAGCCAAAGUGAGGCACUUGAAAUCCUGUAUGGAUACGUGAAGGCGUUAAGCAUUCAACCUCUUCUUUGAACUGAAACUGAGAAAGAAUCCAUCGAUUUCAGGUGUAACUGUGUGAAGUAGUGAGCGAGGAGAUAAACUGUGGCUAAAAGCCUGUAGCUACAGUCAAGAACUGAUUCGAUUAGAAAUGAAAAGACUUGGUAUUCAUGAGGGCUUCGGCAGUUAAAAGCUACAAUAACAUACACUGCUUUGACCACUCUACUGCAAUUACUGCUGUUAAGUUUUCGUUUUAAAAUGUUGGCAAAAAAGGGCCUUGGAAUUAAAGUGACACUUUUUGGAAGCAAAAACUUGAAACGAAGCCACAGAUUUCGCAAAAGUAAUUUUCCUUCUUGGAACGCUUUUCACUAAAGGUCUCUCUUGACCAAACAUUCAAUCUAUCCAAUCAUCCCUCAGUCGCUUUGGAAUAAAAAUAUUGGAUGUACAUGCAGCCUUUACUGAUUUAGGAGUAAUUUGGAUGUAGUCCCAGAAAAAAGCGCUGCUGGAAGUGGCCUUGAUAAAAGCGCGAGAGCAAGCACAGACGCGUAAUUUCAUGCUGAAUUCCCUGAAUUAAGCACAUCAAUGGGGACAGGAGCACAAGAAGUGGCGUACUACAACAUUUCACUUGAAGCACAAAUGGACUUUUCUACAUGCUGGAAUUCAUUGGAUUUCACACUCCACAAUAAACUUGAGAUAUGACAUUUAGGACUUUGGUUUUUUGAGUAAGUUAGGCUGACAUGCUCUCUUAAAAAGCUUGAUAACUUACUUCUUUAAAGACUUUGGUACUUGCGUGUGUCUCUGAACUGGAAAUGGUCUAAACGCAAAGGCUCUCCCCGUAGUGCAUUGCAUUCGUAGAACUUGUUGUUGGACUGUGACAGAUAAGCGAAGUGUCUGUGGGCAUCUGGGACAUGCGGUUUCCGAACUAGCACAGCGGCUCCUCUGAGAAGGUGAUCUGAACGGGUUCGUGGCCUGGCGGGGUCGGUGGUCAGACCUCAGGACACAGGAUGGGGUGCAACAUGUGCGUGGUGCAGAAGCCCGAGGAGCAAUACAGGGUCAUGUUCCAGGUGAACAGUAAAGCCCUGUCCCGGCUGUCUCAGGACCAGAGUCUGCAGGCGCUGCGCUGUAAGCGUAACACGAGGAGGAGAGCCGGGGGUCCUGGAGCUGCUGGCGGGACGCUGCUCGUGACGGACUGUGUGGACAGCGGGACGCAGACAGACAUCAGCUUCCAGCACAUGGUGACGUUAGGCCGAGCCGCUCAUCACAACAGACCCGCGUCUCCUCCGUCCCCUCCACUGCCACCCAUGCCGGAGCCGUACCUCUUCAGACAGCUGUCUCCUAUGGAUCACGUGUAUUAUGACCCAACGGACUACUUUGACAUUAGUCAACAUGAGGUGGACAGACAAGAUGACCUGGAGUACGAGGAGGUGGAAUUGUAUAAAUCUUGUCAGCAAGAUAAACUGGGUUUAAUGGUGUGUUAUCGCACUGAUGAUGAAGAGGAUCUGGGCAUCUACGUGGGAGAGGUCAACCCUAAUAGCAUUGCUGCCAAGGAUGGCCGAAUCCGCGAGGGAGACCGAAUACUGCAGAUAAACGGGGUGGAUGUCCAGAACCGAGAGGAAGCAGUGGCCAUCCUGACCAGAGAGGACAGCACCAACAUCUCUCUGCUACUGGCACGGCCAGACAUCGAGAAUGAGGCUGAUGAUCUGGAUUUGGAGUUGAGUGUGGGCCUGGAUCUAGAGGACUUGGAAAACGCCUCUAACUUACCCAGCCCUCAACACCAAAGGAAAGCGAGCUCCUUGCUGAGUGACAUCACUGGGAUCAGAGGAGGUCGCCCCAAUUUAUGGCACACUGCCCUCAAUAACAGCCAGGAGCUGGACAGCGGGGUGGGUCGCACAGAUGAAAGCACGCGCUGUGAAGAGUCCUCCGAGCUGGCGGAUGAUCCCACCAGUGCAUGCACCACCAACGCCACCAACACACCCGGCAGUUUGCGCAAGUUUCGCGCUGCUCAGCACGGAUGGGAGUUUCACUACAGCAACGACUCGCUGCUAGGCCCGGAUGGGGUGGGAGUGGCGGAUCACGGGGUCCCCGAAACACUGGGCUCAGUGACCAGCAGAGUGCUCAUGCCAGGUUUAACCGAAGAGGAAUAUGAACGUUACCGAGAGCUACUGGAGAUCCGGUGCCUUUAUGAGAAGAAUGGAAACGCACUUCUCCUUUUGGACGGGAGGAACCAUGGCGCAGGAGGAGGCGUUCCUGUAGACAUGAAUUGUAACGAGAGCCUGAUGCAGCACGAGAUUUCCCUCCUAGACGAGGAAAUACGUCACCUGGAGUUCAAGUGGCGCAAUGUUUUGCGGGCUCAGAAGAUGAAUCAGUUGCGCCAACGCUGCCUAAAGGUCUGGCCAGCUGACGAAGAGGACGAUGAAGAAAAAGGAGCAAAGGCGAGGUGUGGAGGUGCAGAGGCGAUCCACCAUGAACUGUCAGACAUCAACGAGAUCCCAGAAAGGGAACGCUCUGACAAGGAGAGCACAAGCGCCUAUAAUACGGGUGGGGAAAGUUGCAGAAGCACACCUCUGGCUAGCGAACGAUACCCCUCGCCCUCCGCGGCGGGAGAUUCCAGUGCCUCUGCAACCAUGCGACCUCGGACGCCCCGUCACAGGACGAGCACGAGCCGGGAGAAGAAUCUAAACGCGCCACCUUCAUCAGAUGCCAAGAAAAAGAGUGAAGAACUCGGGGACAACAGAGACUCUAAUCCGGCAACAAGGCUCCGGUCAGUCUCUCGUAAUGGCGGCAGCAGUAGGAAGGGAUUGGAUGGAGCACGAAGGGGGACUCUCACUCCCGGGAUAGUGAAAGGGGGAAGGAGUGCAGAAAACAGUCCGUACCUGUCCCGACGCCACUGCAGUACCACGCUGCCUCAACGCUACCAGAGUUGCAUGCAGUUGAGGGACAUUGACGGUCCAGAAGUUCGGGACACCCCUGAACAGGUUCCUGCUCACUCCAGCACAAUAACGUGUGCAAACAGAGAAUCCACCGCAACUCCUUUGAUUAUACCUCCAUCUUCACCUCGAAUGGAGUGGAAGGUAAAGAUCCGCAGCGACGGCUCACGCUACGUGGCGAAGCGUCCGGUAAGAGACCGUUUGCUAAAGGCUCGCGCCAUGAAGAUUCGGGAGGAGCGCAGCGGGAUGACCACGGACGACGAUGCGGUCAGUGAAAUGAAGAUGGGACGCUAUUGGAGCAAGGAGGAACGCAAACAGCAGCUUCUGAGAGCUCGGGAGCAACGGCGACGCCGCGAGUUCAUGAUGCAGAGCCGACUGGACUUCUUGCGAGAGAAAGAGAAGGAGCAAGACUCUGGACCGCAGGGACAGGCUUCCAUACUCGAGCUGAGCCAGAAAAAGAGUAUGAAGAAACGCAGCCGACGCAUCCUGGACAACUGGAUCACCAUUCAGGAGCUCCUGGCUCACGGGACCCGUUCAGUAGAUGGGAAGAAAGUGUACAACCCUUUGCUCUCCGUGACCACUGUUUGAUAAUUGGAGUGCGAUGAGAUCUUUUAACAAGGAAGUUGUUUACCAGUGAUUUACGGCUGUCUGAUGGAGAUGCCAAACGGUUUAAUUGAGAAACAAUGAUGAUGAAUAUAAAAUGUACAGAGAAAAGUACAAAACAGAAAGGCAAAAUGUCAAAUGAAUGUACAUGGGACCAGCACACAAGUUUUUUUUAUGCUUGAAAUUUCAGAGUUGCAUUCAGACUGUAACAACGCAGCGGCGGUCUCGAGCAUUUCCAAACCAGAUCAAUACAUUCAUUUCUUUCGGAAACACUUUUCAGUCAAAGAACAUUUAAUGAUUUAAGAGAAAAAGAGAGAAACCAAAAUUCAUUUAAGUUCAAUUUUGGGCCUGUUGCAUAAUCACCUCAGAGUAGUAUUACAAGCCUAAAAAUUAAGACAAGUACUAUUUUAAAAAUCAGUUUCAUAAAUUUGUUUUUCAAACAAAAAGUUCAAGUUGGUUAGAAAAGUUUUUAAGACAUAUGCGUUUAUAUGCGUUUAUGAAACUGGCCCCAUAGCUCAUGAAAUUACCAAGUUAACCAGGUGAUUGGUUAUGAAUUUGCUGCUGUCGUUUAGGUGCAACAUGUGUGGUUUUCUUCACUAGCAAAAUGAAGAAAAAAGCAAAAGCACAAUAAACAACAAAAGAUUGAGCCAUUACUUGUUGCCGGUGAGUUAAUUUCACAAUUUUAGAAGCACAUGAAUCAUUUAA